AAAAUGGCGUCUAAAGUAGCUCCGAUCUUCGGUAGAAGUCUGAAAGAACUGAGAAUACACUUAUGUCAGACUUCUAAGACCAGUCAAGGUGUCAGAGAGUUCAUUGAAAAAGGAUAUGUGCCACUGAAGACUGCCAAUCCUAAAUUUCCUAUUCUGAUCCGAGAAUGUAGUGGAGUGCAACCAAGGGUAUAUGCUCGUUAUGAUUAUGGUCAAGAAGUGAGCAAAUCAUUGUCCGACCUCAACAGCGCUGAAGUAAUGGAAGCCAUACACACUCUAUCUCAAAAAACAGUAUGAAAUCAAAUUGUGUGGUCUGUCUCAUGGAUAUGAAGCUGUUACAUUUGUUGUUUGUCUGGUGUCUUGAGAUUGACCACAGAAACUUGUGUGGUCUGCCUGAGUAAGAGACUAAUUGUAAAUUGUAUAGUGACACUGUAUUGAUGUAAUAAAAUGAUAAUAGUGAU